UACAAUUGGUAUAUAUUGCAAUAAAGGUUGUGAAAAUAUCACUAGAUGUUUCACAGAACCCAUACCUGAUAACUAUCUGAAUGGAUGUAAAGAGUUUGUUGCGAAUAAGCCCAGUAUGCAAGGUUCAAGAGGAUCAGGGAUACCACCAAACGGUUAUUUGGUUUUUGUGGAUGCUUCAGCAACUGAACCAUGUCAAAGUGAAGACCUGUUGGCUUAUGCACUGGCAUGUCAGCUUGAGUUUGGUACUGACAGGCCAGUGGCAGGUUACGUCAACAUGUGUCCAACUCAACUGUCAAUAAAGCCAGAAGACGUUCGUUCAAGUAUUUCUACUUUCAUUCAUGAAAUGGCACACGCUUUGGGAUUUUCAAGUACAUCAUAUGCUUUUCUACGUGAAGAAGAUGGCACACCACGUACACCUAGAGACCCUCAAACUAACUUACCUGCGCUUGGUCAAGAUUCAGACUAUAUUUAUCUAGCCAGUAAAUCGACUGUUAAAAAGGUUCAGCGAAUCUGGGUUUCUGCAGUCUCCACAACCAUACGAACUAUAGAUGCUUUUGUGCUUCCAAGUGUAUUGGCAGAGGCUAGAGCUCACUAUAACUGUCCUACAAUAGAUGGAAUGGAUUUAGAAAAUGAUGGAGGAUCUGGAACAGCUUUUGUUCACUUUGAAAAAAGAAUCACUGAAGAUGAACUCAUGUCAGGAAGUUAUUCAAAAGAUUCUUACGUGUCUUCUUUAACGUUGGCCUACUUCAAAGAUACUGGGUGGUAUAAUGUAAAUAUGUCUAUGGCCCAAAAUUGGAGAUUCGGUAAAAACUGGGGAUGUGAAUUCGUUCAACUGAGUUGCUACGAAUACAUGAAAAGACAAGCAGCAAAGAAUAAUCCUAUCACGCCUUAUUGCAAUAAGCUUUCAAGAACUGAUAUCAAAUGCUUAGUUUACGACGAUGCCUUCGGCUCUUGUGACCUUCAGCGCCAAAAAGAAAGAGUACCUGAGGAAAAUCAAUAUUUUACCAGCAUAGAUGGUGUUUCUGCUUCUGAAUUACCAUAUUAUGCCGGUGGAUCUUCAUUAAGUGACCGCUGUCCGCUAUACAGGAUUCGCAAAACAAUUAUGCUUUACAGUAUUUUGGUCAAGAUUCAGUAUGUAUUAAUCAUGAUACAUACUCACCAUGGAUCAGUAUUGUAGGAGGAUUUUACAGAGAUAUAUCUUUUCCCUACGCAAGUUGUCAUAAAUACAAUUGUUCAAGUGUUGGUAUUCAAUUACUUAUUGGACAACAAGUUACAAGCUGUUCUGAUGGAGUAUCUAUUCCAAUAAAUGCUUACGGUAAUAACAUUAAUGUCAGAGGAUUAGUACUAUGUCCAACUUGUAAUGCAGCUUGCAAUGUUUGUUCCUAUACAUCUGUUGUAAGCAAUCGAACCAAUUCAGCAUUUCAUUUUACCAGUAAUGACAAUAUAUUACUUAUUCAUUGGAUUAUGUUGUAUAACGUUUUUAAUCUACAUAUUUUUCUCAUUAAGUAGCCUGGUGAAGACUAUAAAGUAACUAAUGGAUGGGUUCUGUAGUUCUGUAGUUUAUUCAAUUAUUUGCAUAUAUUAAAUAUACUCUUCAUAUAAAUAUAUUUUUCUUUCAUUCAUUGUUCAACUGGAGGGUAUCUUUCUCCGACAACAAAUAUCAGUAAUCACAAUUAAUGAUUACAACUAGCACACGUCACCUGCCAAAUUUUAACUGCCUGUCCAAAGUAACUGUCAUUAUUAUCGGGUUUAAAUAUUAGGCAACUGUUAAUUGUUUUCCACUAUAGUCACAAAGUACAUGAGUGUACC